UAUCAGGCGGCGCUUUCUAAACUUGCUCAGGAAACUCCGGCCGACCCGGAUUUGGAGCGGGAAGAAGCAGACUUUCGUGGUUACAUCGCCGCUGCCUGCGGUAACCUCACGGGGCUUGCGGACACCGAAGAAACAAUGUUCCAGUGGGGGGAACAGCUGAAGCGAGCUUUUCUCAGGUUUCCUCCAUCCUGCAGCGCUGUGCGCAAGUGCAUGCUCGAGCCGUCUUUACUUGAGGUUUUUCUCGAUGUUUGUGGC